AUGCCUACCUCAGCAUAUGAACGAACAUCGCGUCCUCGCCAUUUCAAGAUUGGGAUGGUGGAAGACCAAGAAGUGGGCAUAUGGAAUUCUCGGUUGACUGUUCCAUCGUUUUGGCGAUCCCUCUCCACUCCCAUCAUCGAUGCUGAACGGCACUUGAACAAUCACUCCUGCGCUGUGGCGUUGGCCCUGGAAGGUUGCGAACUCCCGGUACGCGCGCAAGCUGUGCUAGCCAUCAUGGAGCUGGUUGUUGCCCGUGAUUCUGUCAGGGACACCGUAUCUCUGCAAGUAGGCAAGGUCAUGCAAGGCGCUGCUCAUCUUCUCAAGCUCUCCAAUGAGACAGACCUCGAUAUCCUCAAUCAGGGCAUGGAAGCCAUGGUUGACCAGUUCCAAAACGAGCUUGUGCCCGUAGCUUCGUAG